AUGGCGGGUGAGUGCCGGGCAGCAGCACCAACAGCACCAGCAGCAGCAGCAGCACCGGCAGCACCAACAGCUGAAAUGCACCCACACCCGCGCGCGCACCCACGCGCGCACUUGCGCUUGCCCUCGCGUUGCGCUGGUACCAUGGUGGCCAUGACAGUGGUGCUGAUGGUGGCAGUGAUGGCGGGCAGCCGCCACCAGUGCGCGGCUCAGGACUUUAAGCCCAACUUCUACUGCACAGACAACCCGUGCAAUGACGUGUCGUACGAGGUGCCCGGCGAAACGGGCUGUCCCCACACGGACCACGCUUGCCUGUGCGUGGACGAGGCGUUUGUGGAGGGCUUUCCGGCCGGCUGCGAGUGCAGGGAUGGCCUGACCAAGACGGUGGACACAAGCGGCACAAGCCCGAGCGGAUUCGUGUGUGGGCCAUGCACCGUGUGCGACCACUUCCACUUUAAAGCGUCCCCUUGCAUGCCAGAACAGGACACCGUGUGCGUGAACUGCGCAACCGCGUGUGAGCCCGGAGCAUAUGUGGACGCUUGUGGCUCGUCGAGCGUCGCGUGUGAGCCCUGCACCUCAUGCGAGGCACAGUCUCGGUUUGAGGCGGCGCCAUGCACGUCAACGUCCGACACCCUCUGCUGUGACGCCUGCGCGGAUGCCGAGCAGUUUGUCGCGGAACCGUGCAUGAAAACAUCAGCGGCCACCUGCACUGCGUGCACGCGGUGCGUGGAUGGGCUUGAGUUUGAGCUGCGUGCAUGCGGCCUCACCACGGACCGUGUGUGCCAGGCAUGCACAACGACAUGCGCUGGUCCGCACGAGCACGUUGUGACGCCUUGCACCCCCACAUCUGACGCUCAAUGUGGCUGCCUUCCCGGCUACUUUGAGUCAGUCCCAGAGACACCAACCUCCUCGCGGGAAUGCAUCCCUUGCCCACAGGGAACCACCGACCACGACCGAGAUGGCACCACCGCCUGCAUGGCGUGCCCGUUUGCCAUCACCAACACCACCGCCAACACGGGGUCCUGCGAGGAGCUGCAGUGUGCCCCGGGCACGGCGGGAUCCCAGAGCUGCCAGCCGUGUGCGCCGCCCUCACACUACCAGCCGCUUGGUGGCCAGACCAUGUGCCUCAACACAACACUGUGCCGCCCGGGCUUUGUCGAGGAGCAGCCGCCAUCGCCGACAACCGACCGCGUUUGUGUCGCGUGUGGACAUGGCACGUUCAGCAACGUCACCGCAGAUGGUGCAGGGUCGUGUGUCAACUGGCGCACGUGUGCCGUGCUGACCGAGCAAUAUAUCCUGGGCGACGGCACCAGCAGCACUGAUCGCGUGUGCGCUGCUUUGACGCCGUGUACACCGUCUCAGUUUGAACAGCAACCGCCGACCCGGUUUCAUGAUCGUGUGUGUGCAAACAUAUCUGCACCCUGUGACGUCGGCAGCACCGAGUAUGAGGUGCUUGGUAUCCUUGUGUACGAUGGUCAAGCGUACGAGCUCGUCUGCAACACCAAGACCGGCGACAUCUCACUCGAUGGCCGCGCCAAGAACGACAACGAUCGACUUCAACAGAUGCACACGCUGUUGUGCGACGAUGACAGGGACUCGUAUCCCGAUGGGCACUGGAUCGCCAUCGAGAAGACACCAGGCAGCAACAACUUUGUCGCUCGCGACUGCAUGACCGGCAAUGUCGACUGCUGCAGUCGACAGCUCGUCGACAACUUUGACACGUUCCCGCUGCGGCUGCGUGGGUGCGCGAGCAUCAACACCGGUGGCGGUGCCCUUGUCUAUUCUUCUUCCUCAACACUGCGCAUCCGGAUCUGAGCGGCUCAGAUGAUGGUCGGACAUAUCCCAGUAGAUCUGUGGUGUCUCUAGUUACCCUCCAUUCAGCUUCCCCCAUUGAUCUUUGAACAAGGUUGUUCUGUCACUUUCAUCGCGUUUGCAGGAGCCACCUCCCGCCCCUGCUCUAUCAUAUUAUGCUACGUAUUGCGUAGUUCCUAGUACCGACUCGUGUCGUUCCUCAACGCGUGAGCACCAUAAUCGCAUCCGCUUUCACCCCGCACCAAACCAAAUCAACCUCGCCGCGCCCAGUUCACCGUUGUUGCCAGCUGCCCCGCACGCAAACCUGUCCUUGCGCGCGCAAUUUUCAAGGAAUCGGCGUUUA